GACGGCGUGGCCGAGGGUCUGGGGCAUCUGAAAGCGCUCACAGGGGCUGAGCUGUGGAAUCUGGUCUGCCAGGAUGCUGCUGAAACCUAGAACGUCUCUGACAGCCUGGGCUCUGGUCCAAACCACCUGGUGGAGCUCUGCGGCCUCCAGAAACUCUCCUUGCUCAGAGAGUUCUGUUUAAAGACUGGCGUACAGUUGAGACUGAGAGACUAUUACUUUGACAACCAAAGCAAAGUUCCUGUUGAUCCAGAUGACAUCCUCAACAUUCUCCCUGUUAAGUAUGUUCACAUGCCAACUGUGAAUGCCUCAAAAGCAUAUCACGCUGCACAGACCUCUAUUGAGAAGGGUCUGCUGGAUCAGGCCCAUGAGCAGCUAAAAGAAGCAGUCUACCUGUAUGGUAGGGUGUGUGAUGAUCUUCACCCUGGGGCGGGUUAUUGCCACAGCUUGCUGGCCAAGGUGGCUUUGCUCCAGGAGAAGACAGCUGAGGAGAGGCUGACACAGGUGCAGGAGCCAAUGGGCCGGCCAUCACUGAAGCUAAUCCAAGAAGCGGAUACAUGUUGGAACAGCACGUACAACAUGCUCCAACAUGUUUAUGACCUCAGAGAACCUCUAGGAGCAGCUUUGGCAGGCCUACAUCCUGACAUCACCCCACUUUCAUCAGAACAAUAUGACAUUAUUGCAGACUGUUUAAAAGUGCUGUCCCCAUUUAAUGAUGCCACAGUUGAGCUGUCAGAGGAGAAGAGAGUUUCAGGAUCAAAGGUCAUUCCCCUUUUAUCAAUGCUGCACCAUGCACUGGAGGAGGAAGACCUGGGAAUGGUCCAGACUCCAGAGAGCACAGCAAUGGCUGAUAGUCUGAGGAGUCAGUUAAGGGAGAAGCUCUCUGCUUUACAACCAAUGAGUGUCAUGUCACUGGCAACACUGCUUGAUCCCAGGUUUAAAAAGAUAGGCUUCUUUAGCCCCAAUAAAGCAGCAGAUGCAGAGAAGAGGCUCAUUUCUGAAUGUGCUGCUGUCAUACGUAACUACGCCUCUUCCUCAUCAUCACAACCGCACAUAUCAGAAGCUUCUCAGCCUGUGACUCAAGGUAGCAAACUGUGGCAUCGUUUGGACACCACAAUCCUGUAGACGAGGACCCAAAAUGUCACUGCAGAGGCAACGGUGGAGGUCCAAACCUGGCUGAACCAAACGUUGGCAGAUUGGAGAACCCCCUAGAUUAUU